CACACAACAACGAUCAUCAACGACAGCAAUUACAGGUAUUUAUCCUCACGAAAUAUCAACUGCUGUCGCGCACAAACACUGCUACUUAAACCACAUCGCAAACACCCUCGCUGCCGAUAAAAAUACUCGCACGACACGUAAAUACGAAAAGAAAACAAAAGAUGCCGCAAGAACUGCAGAGAUCAGCCUCAUCACCGGCUACAAUCUCCCGCCGAUCAUCGGAAAAAUCAUCAAACACAACAACAUUCAUGUUGCAACCGACGUCGGACGACAACUGGGUGUUUUUCCCACAGCCCAGCUUCUCGGACAUGAAUGACGACGAAGAUGAUGACGAGGUGGAGGAGGGCGAGGGCGAGGAUGAGCUGGAGAACAGGAGAAGGAUCCAGGAGGAGCGAAAUGGAUGGGUUACUGCAUUGUGGGGGAGGAUUUUCAAGGCCAAGAGUUCGAGUGCGAGUUCUUCGGUUAAUGGGGAUUACGAGAAAGAUCGGUAAACGGUGGUUUUUUUAUCAUCGUUUCUUCCCUUUUCUCUUCAUUUCGCAUUUCAACCGUAAUAUACCUCACUCCCUCCCUCACGCUAUUAUGAUUCCCACGAUCCGAACGAGCUACAUGAACCCCCUUGUAUAA